AUGCGUGAGAUUGUCCAUCUUCAGAUUGGACAGUGUGGGAAUCAAAUCAGCUCCAAGUUCUGGGAGGUCAUUAUUGAUGAACAUGGUAUCAACACAGAGGGAAUGUAUGAGGGGGAUAUGGACCUACAGCUGGAGAGGGUCAAUGUCUACUUCAGUGAAGCAACUGGUGGAAAAUAUGUCCCCCGGGCACUUCUGGUGGAUUUGGAGCCCGGAACAAUGGACAGUGUAAGGGGAAGUCACAUCGGACAACUCUUCAGACCUGACAACUUCAUACAUGGGAAUUCUGGAGCUGGAAAUAAUUGGGCAAAAGGUCACUACACAGAGGGGGCAGAGUUGGUUGAGCAGGUACUAGACCGUGUCCGUAAUGAAGCUGAAAGCUGUGACUGCCUGCAGGGCUUCCAGUUUGUUCACUCACUGGGUGGUGGCACUGGUUCAGGCAUGGGGACCCUGAUUAUCAACAAGAUUCGUGAGGAGUUUCCAGACCGAAUCAUGAACAGCUUUAGCGUCAUGCCCUCACCUAAAGUCUCUGACACAGUAGUAGAGCCUUACAAUGCCACGCUGUCAAUUCACCAACUGAUUGAGAACACAGAUGAGACAUACUGCAUUGACAAUGAAGCUCUGUAUGAUAUAUGUUUUCGCACACUUAAGCUCACCACACCAACAUAUGGGGAUCUUAACCACCUUGUAUCUCUAACAAUGAGUGGGGUCACAACCUCUCUGCGCUUUCCAGGUCAGCUAAAUGCUGACCUCCGGAAGUUGGCUGUCAACAUGGUACCCUUUCCUCGCCUUCAUUUCUUUAUGCCUGGCUUUGCUCCUCUGACAGCCCGUGGAAGUCGACAAUAUCAAGCCCUUACUGUUCCUGAGCUCACCCAGCAGAUGUUUGAUGCCAGGAACAUGAUGACAGCAUGUGACCCGCGGCAUGGUCGCUACCUCACAGUCGGGGGAGUUUUCCGUGGCCACAUGUCUACCAAAGAGGUGGAUGAGCAAAUGCUUGCCAUUCAGCAGAAGAACAGCAGCUACUUUGUAGAAUGGAUCCCUCACAAUGUCAAAGUUGCAGUUUGUGACAUACCGCCACGUGGCCUUAAAAUGGCGUCUACCUUUAUUGGAAACAAUACAGCCAUACAAGAAAUAUUUCGACGAGUCGGGGAGCAAUUUGCUGUGAUGUUCCGUCGCAAGGCUUUCCUGCAUUGGUACACAGGAGAAGGUAUGGAUGAGAUGGAGUUUACAGAGGCAGAGAGUAAUCUGAAUGACCUCAUAUCUGAGUACCAGCAGUACCAGGAUGCCACAGCAGAUCUAGAGUGGGAGCCAGAGGAUGAAGUGACAGAAGUAGAGGGGAAUCCAACAACUAUGAUGCAACAAUAAUGUUAAUAUAACAGCAGUGACAGAAACUUUAACAAACUGAGGGCUAGUCUAGUAAAUAAAGCGGUGUGUUGCUUUAGAAAUACUAAGUGAGGUGAUAGACAUUUUGUGCUACCAACUGCAUUGUUUCUUAAUAUUUACAAAUGUUGAUUAUAAAAGUCAAACAAAUUUUUAACUUAAAUGAUUUUUCUUUUUCAACUAUAUUACUUUUGAUCAGUUUCAUUGUUUUAAGGUCAUUUUUGUCAGUCUAAAACAGUGACUGGUAUUUUUGUUGUUGUUUUAAUAUUGAAAAUAAAUUUACAUUAAAUAUAACCAGUUGGUACUUUUACAUUUUACAGCAUGCAUUUUUGUUAUUAUAGGUAACAUGUGCUCCUGUCAUUACAAUUGGUUGCAGGAAAUUUAGAGUUUUCACCAUCUACAGUCUAGGGCAUUAUUAAAUAUUGUAUGUUUCAUUUAAAUGCCUAUGAUUUUGGGUCAAUAAAAUCCUGACCUUUUUUUUAGUAAUGUCCCUGUUUGUUUCAGCAAGACAAUAACAGGCUGCAUUCAAUGUGUGUUACAACAGCAUGGCUUCAUUUUAAGAGAGAUCUGUCUCCUAUUAAUUCGGUUGACACAUUUUAUGCCAAUAAACACAGUGGUAAACAAUCAA